AUGACUACAACAACUACAAUUAAAAUGCCAGCAAACGGCGAAACUACCUUGCCGAAUGAAGCAGUAACUCCUCGCCAUAAAAAGAAAACUUCUCGUGAAAAUCAUCGACAGUCUCGCAGACUCUGGUGGUCACCUAAACGUAAUCAUAUUGAAAUUCGUUCCGAAGACGUUAGCCAUCAUUAUAAUGCCUCGUCGAAAGUUGGAUCACUAGACAAUCUCGAUUAUCGAUCGACCGGUGGUCAAAUCUCGAUACGUGAUGAGCCCCUAAAGUGGCAAGCACAAUCGAAAAUUCGAUCUUUCGAGAACAUUGACUAUCGACCUAGUGGUGGACAAGUUUCCAUACGUGACGAACCUGUUACCUGGCAAGCUCAGUCGAAGAUUCGGUCAUUUGACAAUAUCGAUUAUCGACCUAGCGGCGGUCAGGUCUCCAUACGUGACGAACCUGUGACCUGGCAAUCACAAUCGAAAAUUCGAUCUUUCGAGAACAUUGACUAUCGACCUAGCGGUGGACAAAUCUCGAUACGUGAUGAGCCUGUGACGUGGCAAGCACAGUCAAAAGUUGGCUCUUUAGACAAUGUUGAUUAUCGACCAAGUGGUGGACAAGUCUCCAUACGCGAUGAACCCUUACGGUGGCAUGCACAACCUAAAGUAGACUCUUUGUCGAACGCAAACUGGACUGUAAAUCCAUCGCGUGUUGCUAUAAGAUCAGAACGAGUUCAAUGGAAUGCGGAAUCGAAAAUAGGCUCAAUGAUGAACAUGGAUUAUAGGCCAGCAGGUGGCGAUGUCGCAAUUCGUGAUGACAGAAUGGAUCUUAGCCAUGUAACGCCACGUGUGGACUGUGGAUUUAUCGAAUAA